UUCUUACACUACAGCCAAUGAGACGUACAUUUUAUGACGCUAUAGUAUUGACAGCUUCUAUGGUCCGUUGAGAACAACAUGAUGAUAAAGGAGGCGGUUUAUAUUGUAUAACAUUAAUAAAAAGUGUGUUUAUUACAAGAACUGUCCAGGGCUCAGUGAUGUCAGCCAGACGUGGGGAGAAGACGCGGGUCCAAGUCCCCGUCGGUGAUUCCUUGAACACUCCAGCCGACAACGCCUUCAUGCAUCGGAUUGACACUAAAUCUCCAGCUUCACUUUGCGCCCCGACUACUAAUUCCGAUUUAGGGGCUUCGAUCGACGAUUUUGUGAAUCCUGCCACAGAUGAUCAGGGCUCUUAUUCGCACACCUUAGCGCAGCCCACGGCGUCUCGCCACGAGCCCUUCACCUACAUGGGGAAAUUCUCAUUCGAUUCUCAGUGUGCAGAACCGAACUGGAAUCCGGAAGGACUCAUUAACAUAUUCAACGUGGGGUUCCUGGCUAUGGGGAAGGUAUCCACUUCCACAGCAUCUUCAUUGUCACCCAACGUUUUCAGCAGCACCCAGAAUCCCACAGAGGUGGAUCAGGUCUACCUUCCAUGUGCUCGUCCACCUUACUCUGAAGUCCACCAGGAACCGGCUGUGUUUCUGUCAUCUGCCACAUGUCCUCUUUCCCAUCCCGCUCCAUCUUCUUCAUCAUCAAAGCCAAGUUCUGACACCCUUGAGUUUCCUAUUAAAUCAGACUGUGCUGCUCACCUUCGAAGCCCUUGCCAAAGGGAAUUCCAGACACUUUCAGGUUCAAAGCAAACUCAAUGCCAACAGGAGUCGGCUCGAGUCCCACCACCUCUCACUCCUCUUAACACCAUAAAGAACUUCACACUGGGAGGGCCGAGUGCUGGAGGGCGCAGACUUUCUACUGUUUGCAGUCCACAGAUUCUACCUCUGAGACCUAUACUGCGUCCGAGGAAGUACCCCAGCAGACCCAGCAAGACCCCCGUUCACGAGCGCCCAUUCUCGUGCCCAGCGGAAAGCUGCGACAGACGCUUCUCCCGCUCCGAUGAGCUCACGAGGCACAUCCGAACCCACACGGGCCACAAGCCCUUCCAGUGCCGCAUCUGCAUGCGGGGCUUUGGCCGCAGUGACCACCUGGCCACGCAUGUGCGCACGCACACAGGUGAGAAGCCCUUCGAGUGCGAGCAGUGCGGCCGGAGGUUCGCCAGGAGCGACGAGCGGAGGAGACACACGAGGGUGCAUCUCAGACGGAGGGACCGGUUCUCCACUGAACCCUUGUUGGACGUGGGGGGUCCACAGGGUCUGAAACCAUGAGGGCAUCAGUCAAGGUUUCCUCCAGCUCCUGCUGCACCUUGAUCAAAGUUCUUACCCUGAACAGGUAAAGUAGAAAUGUACUUACUGGUAAACCUGCUCAUCUAAUAUUGUGUCAUCCUGGUCAUAGAUGUAAGCUAAAUAAAAGUUAGUUCUGAAUAAGUUAAAAAAAGCAUUAUUGGGGUUUUUCCAAGUGUUUUGUUUAGUCAUAUGGGUUUUUGCUCAAGCGCCCACACAUAACUUAGUAAUAUUUCAGCGGGAAUUCCAAAAUCAGAAUCCCUUGGGCCAAAUGUAUCUUCAACAACUAAUAAUAGUGAAGGUGAAGGCACUGAUAUCUGUCAAAUGGGGCGGGAAACAACUUGACAAUGUCACUGGUUUUUAAGUAAAUUGCA